AGCAGAUUCAGGAUGGUCACCAGGACCCCGCCCAGACUCCUGGAACUGGCGGCCAAGAGCCUGCUGAUGGACGAGGACUUGGCGAUCGCUGCUCUGGAGUAUCUGCCCACAGAGCUCUUCCCGCUGCUGUUCAUGGAGGCCCUCGAUGGGAGGUGUGACAAGACCCUGAAGGCGAUGGUGCGGGCCUGGCCCUUUGCCCGCCUCCCUCUGGGGGGCCUGACACAGAUGCCUCACCAGAAGGCCUUACAAGCCGUGCUCGAUGGGCUUGACUGCCUGCUUGCCCGGAAGGUUCGGCCCAGGAGGUGGAAACUGCGGGUGCUGGAUUUACGGAAUGCCAGUCGGAACUUCUGGAGCAUGUGGUCUGGAGCCAGGGUCCAUGAGUGCCCGCUGAUGGGACCCGUGGCAGAGGACAGCUUAAGGAUGAAGGGGCCCUCGGGUCCCUUGACAGUGUUCGUAGACCUCUGCCUCAGGGAAAGGACCCUGGAUGAAUGCCUGGCCAACCUCAUUAGGUGGGCCAGACGGAGGAGAUCGCUACACCUGUGCUGUAAGAAGGUGACGAUUUUCGGGAUGCCCAUCCAAAAUAUUAAGGAGGUCCUGAAUCUGGUGCAGCUGGGCUGUGUCCUGGAGGUGGAGGUGCAUUUCACCUGGCAGCUGUCGACCCUGGGGAAGUUUGCUCCUUACCUGGGCCAGAUGAGUAACGUGCGGAGACUCGUCCUCUCCCAUAUCCACAAGCCCUCCUCCUCCUCCGAGGAGAAGCACAUUGGCCGAUUCACCUCCCAGCUUCUCCGGCUGCGCCACCUGCGGAAGCUCCGUAUGGAAUCUCCCGCCUUCCUCGAGGGCUGCCUGGGCCAGAUGCUCAGGUGCCUGAAGAGCCCCUUGGAGGCCCUCUCCAUAACCAACUGCCAGCUUACAGAAUCAGACUUGGCAUGCCUGUCCCAGUGCCCAAGCAUCAGUCAGCUGAAGGAGCUGGAUCUGAGUGGCCUCAGCCUGGCCUGUUUUAGUCCCAAGCCCCUCCAAGUUCUGCUCGAGAGAGUGGCAGCCACCAUCCAGGACCUGGUACUAGAAUAUUGUGGGCUCUCGGACACCCACCUGGAGGCCAUCCUGCCGGCCCUCAGCCGCUGUCACCAGCUCCAGACUUUCAGUGUCCGUGGGAACCACCUCUCCAUGGCCCUGAUGGAGAGGUUGCUGCGUCACACCGCCGGGCUGAGCCACCUGAGCCUCGAGCUGUAUCCUGCCCCUCUGGAGAGUUACAGCAGUCAGGGGAUCAUCCACCCAGGGAGGUUUGCCCAGGCUCAGGCUGAGCUGCUGGGCAUUCUGAAGGACUUAGGACUGCCCCGGACCAUCUGGCUUAGAACUAACCCCUGUCCUCACUGUGGCAGCAAGAUAGUCUAUGAUUCGGACCCCUUCGUGUCCUGCUAAUUGCCUGACUAGUUGAGUGCAUCCACCAGAAAUUUCCUUCUGGGCACUUGGAGACGGAAAUCUAGGCUAUAGGUAUAUCAUACAUAAAGGGGGACACAGACCCACGAUUUCAGACAUCUGCUCGGUGUGAAUGGGGAAAAGACAGGUGAUCCAGGACUGUAGGGUGCUGGGCGGAGGAAAAGUGACCUGGGGAGCUGCUGGGACCUCCAGGGACCUGUGUCCUAUAGAGUCAGAAAUGUGACUGUGUUUCUGGAGGGGGAUUUGAGCCUGAGACCCGCACGUGGGUCUCAUCCCUGGGUGGAUGGUUGUAAAGAAAAGGUAGGAAAUAAAUAACCUUGGUGUGAA